UUAAUAAUCAAAGUUUAUCCUUUAACCACGAAACAAAUUGAUAAGAAAAAGGAAUAAAAAUUCUCCGUCAACAUUUCCUGGUAGUUGUGGUCGCAUCGUUUCCUAAAGAUCUUAAUCAAGACCAAACUAAGAAAACGACGUACGACGUUGUUUUUACAUAAAAGAAAGAAAGGAGAAGGGGUCCCCCCAACAUUCUAAAUUAUAAUUUUUUAUGUUGAUAACUUAACCAGAGACAGUCGACUCGAAAACAUCGCUCAAGAUGCGUUCGUUAUCUUCGGUACUUAACAUAACCUUAUUUUUCGGCGUUUUCUUCGUUUUUGCACAAACGCAGAAUGUUGAUGACAAGAUUACCAGCAUUUUCGGAACUGGUAAUGAUGGUUUAAAAUGGAUCCCUCCCGGGUUCGAAGUGGUUAGCACAACGGCUUUACCCGCUUUAUCUGCACUGGAAAGAUGCGGUGAUGGAUCAAUGAGGGGAUUAAAAGUUUGCGUACCUUACCAUAGAUGCGAUUCCGAAACAGGGACGGUUAUUGCUGAACCAAAACCUGAAAUUAACACCGAUGGAGUUGGUUUAAUCGACGUUAGGGCUGGUGUAAAUGAAUGUGAAAACUACUUGGACGUAUGUUGUUCUUUACCAUCAGAUGGUCAAAUACCAACCCCCUUCCCAACUUCGCAACCACCUAAACCAACUCCAGAGCCUCCUAUACCAACUCCAGGACCGGUUCGGGGAAAUUCUUGUGGAAUAAGAAACAUAAACGGCCUUGACUUUACGAUUACGGGUAACACGAACGGGGAAGCCCAGUUCGGUGAAUUUCCUUGGGUCGUCGCUAUCUUAACAACAAAUUAUAAUCCGGCCGUCGAUGACUCGCUUGCAAUUUGUGGUGGUUCGUUAAUCGCCCCGCAAGUUGUUUUAACAGGUGCCCAUUGCGUUGCGAAGUAUCAAAAUGAUCUGGGUAAAAUUAAAGUUCGCGCUGGCGAAUGGGAUACUUUGACUGAAAAGGAACGGUAUCCUUAUCAAGAACGCAGCGUUUCUGGAAUAAUUGUUCAUGAGGAAUUUAACGAAAAAUCUUUAGCUAAUGAUUAUGCUUUAGUUUUACUUGAAAGGGCUUAUGUUCAAGCUCCGAAUUUAGGAACGAUUUGUUUACCGCCAGCUGGCCAAGUUAUAGACUCCAAAAACUGCUUUACUGGGGGAUGGGGAAAGAAAGCUUUUGGAAAUAAAGAAUCCUAUUCAAACAUUUUAAAGAAAAUCGAAUUACCAACCGUUCCAUUCGAUAAUUGUCAAACUCGAUUGAGAAAAACCCGUUUAGGAAUUCACUUCCAACUUCAUAGCUCGUUCGUUUGCGCGGGAGAACCCGGGAAAGACGCUUGCACGGGUGACGGUGGAAGUCCAUUAAUUUGCCCAGACCCAAAUAAUCCCAACAGAUACGUUCAAGUUGGUAUUGUAGCGUGGGGAAUUGGUUGCGGGGAGGUUCCGGGGGUUUACGCGGACGUCGUCGGUGCUAGAAAUUGGAUAGACAAGAAAAUGGCCCAAAUAGGUUAUGACACGACAACUUACACGCAAUAAGAAACAUUAAAACGACGACAAUUUUUAUUUUUAUAGCUAUAACUUAAAAGACCACUUUAAUAACGAUUUAAAUCAAAUAAUAGUAUUUUGUAUUCUUUUUUCCACUGUGAAUAAUCGUAUCGAAUAAAAAAGUUAAGAAAAAUA